UAUGCCAAAUGGCAGUGAACUAAAAGCCCAUAAGGUCCCAUUAAAUGAAAGUCGUCUAGAUAACUGCGAUCAAGAUGCAACUAGAGAAAGUAUACACAUCAUGGGCUUUAUCCCGGUAGAUGUAGAGUUGACUAAAGGUAGAGCAACAGGUGGAGUUAUUCCUGCUAUAGAAAUGGCAGUUCGAGAUAUUAACUUAAGGCAAGUAGGAAAGAUUAAUAAAAAGUGA